CCGGCAGGCUUCCAACCCUACGGUAAUUUGCAGCUCUCAUAAUGUUUGCCAAAGCAACAAGGAAUUUUCUUAAAGAAGUUGAUGCCGGAGGUAACCUGAUUGCAGUAUCAAACUUGAAUGACUCUGAUAAGUUACAACUUCUAAGUCUGGUGACCAAAAAAAAGAGAUUCUGGUGCUGGCAGAGACCCAAGUACCAGUUUUUAUCUGUCACCCUUGGAGAUGUACUCACAGAAGACCAAUUUCUGAGUCCAGUGGUCGUGGAGUCAGACUUUGUGAAAUAUGAGAGCAAGUUUCAAAACCAUGUGAGUGGGACCAUCGAGACGGCGCUAGGGAAGGUCAAGAUGAAUGUUGGAGGCAAAGGACUGGUGGAAAGUCAGUCUUCUUUUGGAAACCUGAGGAAGCAGGAGGUGGACCUGCAGCAGCUCAUCAGAGACUCCACUGAGAGAGACACAGCAAGAGAGGGAACACAAGCAGAGGGAUGGCCAGAGAAGGCAUUGCAGGGAAGUUGGCAUCAGUGCAAAGAUUUGAAGGAGGACAGAUUCAAGUAUAGGGGUAUCCUGGGCAAGAGCGUUGUGGGCAGGGGUCAGUGUGGCUGGAAAUUCUGCCUCCUACAAGGGAAGCAUGGUGGCUUUGAGCUCGAGAGAAGUGGCUCUGUCUUCAUGGACCCUCUGCCCUUUCAAGAGUUUGCAUCUGGGGACAUGCCAGAUGCUGGGCAGGGACCAUCUGCCCUGGAUUGGCCGUUGAGUGUUUUAAAACAAGCCACUCUGCUCUUGGAGAGGAACUUCCAUCCCUUUGCGGGGCUGCCGGAACAGCAGCAGACAGCACUGAACAAUGUCUUCCAGGCGGUCCUGUCUGACGAAGAGUCACUUAUGGCCCUGGAGCAAGUGUGUGAGGAUGUGGUGAGCGGCCUGUCACCCCCACUGGCAAUACUGGGGGAGCUGAAGCCCCCACAGCAGCAGGACGUCAUGGCUUUCCUAUGUUUGGUGGGGUACGGAGUACGGGGUGGGUGUCCAGGCCUGGCGGAUACACUCAGCAACCAGAAGCUCUUUUCUACAGCCUACUUCUUGGUCAGUGCCCUAGCAG